UACUGUAGCUGACGUGAUGCUGGUGCAGCCCAGAGUGGAGUUCAUCCUGUCCUUCAUCCAUCACAUCGCUGAAGACGAGGACCACUCUGACGGCGUGGUGGCAAACGCCGCCGGACUUAUAGGAGACCUGUGCACGGCCUUUGGGAAGGACGUGAUGAAGCUGGUGGAGCUGCGGCCCCUCAUCAACGACCUGCUGACGGAGGGCCGGAGGUCCAAGACCACCAAGACCAAGACGCUGGCCACAUGGGCCACCAAGGAGCUGCGCAAGCUCAAGAGCCAGGCCUGAUUUCAUGCUGGUUGGGGUUAAGAUGGACAACAAUGAAAACGCCCCACUGGAAUUUCUUCUGUCUUUUGCGUCGUGUCCGAGUUAAAGCAGAAGUGAAGCGUGCGCUGAGAUGAGUGUCUGAGAAUGUGUGAGUGAGAGCGAGAGUGAGCGAGGAUCGACGUCACACCACCUUCUGAGUACAAUUCCAGCAGUUGCCGGGAGACCAGCAGCGCCCCACCCCUGAACCUCCACCACCACUUCCUUAGCCACCCCCGCCCCCCUCUUCUAAGGCCACCUGUGGACUGAUUCUGACUUGACAAGGACUCCACACAAAAACGUGGAUCACUGUAGCCGGCUAGUUCUAGAACUCUUCUGAAAAAAAAAAACUAAUAUUAGUCUACAACAGGAUCACCAGAGCAGAGAAAUAAAACUGCCAAAAUGUGGUUUCUUUUGAGGGAAAAUACAAACAAAACAUGACACGAAAGAACGCGACUAUUUUGCUCUUUGACCGAUCUGUGGAAGACUUACUUUUUCCCUUGUCAUUUUUUGGGGGGUUCCUUCAAGCACUAUAUGCUUGUGGACUUGGUCAAUUUUACGCAAACGUGAACUGAACCGGAAUCUGAAAAAUACAAACUUUUGGGGUGUUAGAAAUGCGCCUAAAGGAUCACUGCUGGAGUUGAAGGAAGAUGAAACGAGGGGGACGAGCAGGCGGUCUCCACCCCCCUCG